AUGGUAAAAGUAUUCAUUGACUGUUUCGAGAAAAUGAUUCUGAAGUCUGAGAAGCUCUUAAGAGAGAAAGAAGUUUCAAGCGGAGGAGAGGACACGAUUGAGUUGGAUCUUGAAGCAGAGUUCUCGAGUUUGGCUCUUGAUAUUAUAGGGUUUAGUGUGUUCAACUACAACUUUGGCUCUGUCACAAAAGAGUCCCAUGUAGUUAAGGAAACCGAUGUAGAGAAUCUCCAGCAGCAUGACUACUCUAAUCUCAAGGAUGCAAGUCUUAUACAAUUCUUGGUCGACAUGCGCGGUGUUGAUAUUGAUGACCGGCAGGCAAGAUUAUAUAACUUACUGCUAAUUGUUGGUCACGAGACAACAGCAGCUUCUCUGACUUUGAAUGUUUACCUUCUUGCACAAAAUCCUGAAAAAAAGUGGAAAGCUCAAGCGGAGGUUGAUAUUGUGUUUGGUGAAGGUGCACAUACUAAUGAAUCGCUGAAAAAGCUAGAGUACGUUACCUUAUAA